AUGCCCCCAGAGUCAAAGACCAAGAUACGCCCGCAGCAGUCGUGCCUUAGAUGUCGCGAGCGCAAAGUGAAGUGCGACCGCUCUAUCCCAUGCCACGCCUGCAUAAUCCGCGGCCUGGAAGCAGAAUGCACCUACCUAACAACGGCCGAAGAUCGCGCCCAUAUCAGUCAAUCCGAGAUAAUCGACCAACUACGCCGCGAGGUCGCACAGCUGCGGGGGCGCCUGAACCAAGCUCCACAAGAGCCAAGCCAUAGCCAGAGUCAGAGUCAGACCCAGCGCCAGCGCUCGCGCCUGGACCAAGGGGCCGGGCCUGUCCCAGGGAAGAGCCCGACUUGGCCACAAGGUGCACCUACGCACACGGUCUACAACUACGACAGUCAAACCCGUGGCAAUGGCUCUGGAUACGCGACCGGCGCUGGCGCUGGCGCUGCUUCGGCUAGAGGUACCCCGGAUACUGGUGAAGGUAGCUGGCGUGGGUCGUCGCCAUCCUCGUCGGUCACGACCAUGACGAACUCUGCGACUGUUACUAGCCCUGAUAGUACGGGGAGUGAGAAUGGGGCUGGAUCUAUGUCUACUUUGUCGCGGUCGGCUUCUGCUUCGGCUUAUCCUGUCGCGACGGGGUAUGCGCCGCAAUUUGCGGAGCUAGAUGGGUCGACUACAGUUGAACCGCUUGCUUUUGGAAAUGCUCUAGAAGAUACGACGAUGUUCGGUUAUUAUACAGGAGGCAUGGCCUCCGCCCCAGGGGACAUGUCCGGAACAGUCCAGCUACCGAUGCAGGGUCUCCCAGUGCACGGGUCACACGCGCAGGAUGCGAUGUUAGGAAUGCAUCAUCCGCCGCUACAUGGAGGGCAUAGCGAUGAUUAUAUGCUUGACGGAGGAAAAUCACUGCCAUACUUACAACACACUGGCUAUCCCGCACCCAUACCAACAUCAACAGUAACACAUUAUGGGAGGGGUAUUCAAUACGAAAUGAAGAUGAGAGGCCUCAUGCAUAUCAUCAGUGGGGGGCAAGAUGCACACGGGAAUCCGAAUCCGAAUCCGAGUCCGUACCAAUUCCCGCAUACACAUAUAUACCAAACCCCGUCUCAUUAUUCAACUACCAACCCCUUCACCAACGUCACUGCCAUCAACACCUAUGCAGAUGCACCCUCCUCCUUACCCACCCCGCCAUCGGGGGCUGCCAGCCCCAGUUCCCUGGACCGUCCUUCACCAACAACCAUCAUGAACUCAAUGCCAAACUCUUGGAAGGGCGAGGGGAAACGGGAACUGCUGGAGAUCCUGCUGGAAACAAUUGGCAGCUGCGACGAGAAACAUCUACCUCAGGUGGUUCGGGUCUUGCGGACAAGUCCUACCCCCGAGGAAGCUGUUUCGGGGGUCUGUCAGGUUCUCGGGAUUGGGACUGGGUGA